AUGUCUACUCUCUUCACACUCCCCAUCGCAAAAUGCGGCGCCCAUCCCGGCGGAACCCUCACAUGCACAGAACCCUCACCGAGAGUCUACCUCCUCACCCUCCUCUCACCACCCGACAACCGUCUUACAACACCCGUUCUCAAAGCCUUUCUCAACGCCCUCGACAUCAUCGAGUUUGGUCACCCUCACGGCGUUGUAGCGACUACUUCUGGAAUUCCAAAGUUUUAUAGCAAUGGUCUUGAUCUGGAACAUGCUGUUGCGACCGAGGGUUUCUGGCCUUUGCUCUAUGAUGUCUGGGCUCGUUUCUUGACAUACCCUAUGCCUACAGUGGCUCUCAUGAACGGUCACGCUUUCGCAGGUGGUCUCAUGCUCGCCACAGCCCAAGACUACCGCCUCGCCCCAACCCCACGAGGUUUCCUCUGUCUCAACGAGCUUGUCUUCGGCGCACCCCUCAAACCCGCCAUGUCAGCUCUCUUCCGCAUCAAGUACUCCCACGCAACCUACCGAAGCCUCGUCCUCGAAGCCAAGCGCUUCACAGGCGAGGACGCCCUUGCAGCCGGUAUCGCCGACGGUCUUGCGCCCAAGGGCCUCGAAGACCUGCUCAGCUUUAUCAAGGAGAAGGAACUCAUUGACAAGAGCAGGUCUGGUGUCUACGGCGUGCUGAAAAUGGAGAUGUACGCUGGCUUGGUCGAGUUUAUGAGGGGGCCUGCUAUGGAGGCGCAUGAGCAGAGAUUCGAGGAGGCGCAGAGUAGGGAGGGCGAGAGGAAGGAGUUUGGAAAGGUUUGGUAUGAGCAGUGGUUGAAGGAUACCAAGGCCAAGUUGUAG